GCUAGCGGUCGACAGCUUGCUUAGACUCUAGCCGGUUAUUCGUGAGGCACACUUGAAGGCAUGGUCGGCGUGGUGUGCCAGCAUUUCGACUACUUCACCCAGGGGUACAACCAAUACAAUUACAAUUACAAUUACAACCCCUACCAAAAGGACGACUGGUCCGACUGGGUGAUGGUGCAGAAUGUCAGUGCUGAAGAGCUGAAAAAGCAGGACAGUUUGCGCCUUUGCACUGCCAUGGCUGACAUCUACACGGCUUUGAUGAGCGUCGCACCUGGACAGGUCAGGGUGAGUCGUUUCAUGUCCCAGGUUGAGCCAAAGAUUUCUGUGUUGGAUUAUCUCAAGCGCAUUGACAAGUACUUUGCUUGCAGUGAAUCCGUGCAUGUUGCUGCGCUUGUGUAUUUGGAUCGUUUGGUCAGCAAGAAUGCAAUCGAUCUGAAUCCAUUGACGAUCCACCGUUUGCUUGCAGCUGCAACUGUGGUUGCAGUGAAGUUUCUUGAUGACAUUUACUACAAAAAUGCCUACUACGCUGCCGUGUGUGGCCUAAGUUUGAAAGAAAUGAAUAAGUUAGAGGCUAGCUUCAUCUCUUUGCUGGGAUGGAAAUUGGCCAUUUCGGAGGAGGAUUAUGCCCUGUACUGUGAAACAGUACGCCAAGUACUUCGCUGAAGAUCCCGAAGGAAUGAGGAUCCGCUCUCAGGAGAGGAUUUGAGCGAGAGCCAACGUCGCUUCGCUAUGCGCAGUGGUUGCUUGGGGGGUCGUUUGUCAGGC